AUGUUCAUGAGCCAAGACGAUUAAGACUAUUUUUUUAGUGAUGAAGACGAUUAAAUAUCACAAAUAAUCGAGCAAGAUUCUACAGGCAGAUUUUGUAAGUACAACGAGGAAAUUGGUAAGGGAGCAUAUAAGAGUGUAUUUAGAGGCUACGAUAAUCAGAGUGGUUGUGAAGUAGCUUGGAAUGUAUUUUAAUUGAACAGUGUUCCAGAAAAUGAAAGAAGAAGAGUAAGAUAAGAGAUUUCAAUUCUAAGUAGUCUUAAACAUAAUAAUAUCAUUAACUUCGUGCAUUCAUGGCAUAAUAAAUCAAAAAAGGAAAUUGUUUUCAUAACUGAAAUCAUAAAUGGAGGCUCGUUGAAAAAUUAUUUAAGGAGAAUCACUAGGCCAAAGUUGAAGGUGAUUAAAAAUUGGUGUAGACAGAUACUCCUUGGUUUGGAAUAUUUACACAAACAAAAUAUCAUCCAUAGAGAUUUGAAAUGUGAAAACCUUCUGAUUGACACAAAUAAUAAUGAAUUAAAGAUUGGUGAUUUGGGUCUCUCCAUUUAAUUGUAGCAAUCCUUUACAACUUCCGUUUUGGGCACUCCGGAAUUUAUGGCACCUGAAAUUUACUAGGAGCAUUAUGACACUAAGGUGGAUAUCUAUGCUUUUGGAAUGUGUCUAUUAGAGAUGGUUACUGGAGCGAAACCAUUUUGUGAGUGCAAGGGCGGAACUGGCUAAGUGAUCAAGAAAGUAAUUGAAUAGCAGAAGCCUCAGUCAAUUGAUGCUAUUCUGAACGAUAAAAUCAAAGCAAUUAUCUUAGAAUGCCUAAAACCUCCAGAAGAACGACCUUCUGCGACUCAAUUGUUAUCCACUCACUUCCAUCUUCAAGUUACCGAUAAUGACAACUCCCCUGUUCCAAUCAAUGACCAAUUCCUCAUGCAAUUGAGGGAUGACAGUAAAAGUAAUUGCAUCUUAAUCUCAGAUUCAUCCAUCCUAAAAUGCAAUCUAUCCAACAAAAUCAUGUUGACUACUGGCAGUAGCAAAUUUGACACUAAUUCUGAAGUCAGCAUUCAAAAACAAUCAUAACUAUUGGGAUUGAGAAAGAAAAAUCUAAUGAUUCAAACAGAAGAUGAAACAGAGCAAAUCUUUAAUAAAUGUUACAAAGAUUACAUUUGUUGUAGAAACGAUGAAUCUUUGCAAGAUCUUGAGUAGAGACAAGAGAAAGAAUUGUAAUUGUUGAAAUAAUUGCAUUUGCAACAAAAGCAAGAGUAUUUGAAGAAGACUUCGAAUAACGUAAACAUCAAGACUUCAACUUAACCAUUUUAAAGUUCUGGGUUUUUGUCACCUGGAUCCUAUUAAAAUUUCUUUGAUUUUCAACAAGAAUCCGUUUGUCCAAAACAAAUCAUUGAAAGCCCUUGUCUAGAAAAAAAUAGCAACAACAGACUGGUGAAAUUAGGAAUGAUAGCAGAUAAUAGCUCUGGGGUGUAACAACAAUUAAGCUAGUCUUAACAAGUUGGUAUUUAGAAUCAAAUUAUUGUAGAUAAAUCAUUAGAAGUCAAUAUUUGA